AUGAAGACCCUCUUCGUCCUCGCCUCCCUCGCGCUCUCCGCCCUCGCCCAAAGCGCGACCAUCAUCUCCCCCGCCGACGGCUCGACCGUCACCUCUGGCGAGACCAUCGUCGUCGACGUCCAGCAGGAGAACUCAUCUAGCGACCUCGUCGAGGUCGCCGUCGUGCUCGGCCUUCAAUUCUGCCCCUCCAACGACUGCGCGGCGGUCACCCCCGGCCAGCCCGGCGUCGGCACCGUGCUCUUCAGCGGGCCGUUCGCGCCCGUGCACGACCCCGCGCCGCCGUUCAGUUUCCACCAGAACUUCACGGUCGAGAUGCCAGAGUUCCUCACGCCGGGAAGCCAGAUGAUCUUGACGCUCACGCAUCUGCAGCUGGUCGGGGCGGUCAAGGUGGCGGUCCUUGAGCAAAGCGGGAUCGUCCUUAACAUCGAGUAG